GCCUUUUGUGCCACAAUUGAUGGCUGUUACGCGGGCGUUACGAAACUGCAGCCGUCGGCCUAUCUGCGCACUCCGGGCAGCAGCACGGCCUUCAUAUCUUCACCAACACGAUGUCCGGAUGCCGCGGCCGAGAUGUUUGUAAUCGAGCCGGGCCAUGUGGCGCUUUGAUUUCCGGUCCUUUAUUUACUGAUGGCUGGUUUGUCUGGGGCCGAAUGGGCUGUGUUAACUAAAGGUGCCUGAUCAGACUGAAAGUCUCCCUGAACCAAUCUCGGUUUUCAGUUUUGCGUCGUAGUGGAGAAAAUCUUCACAGUUGUGGAAGAUUUGACACGAGCUGAUUCACUGAUAAGGAAAUGUAGGUGUAGAAAAUGUUAAAAUUCACCCAGGGUGCAAGUAACAUUCGACUUUAGUCAAUCGAGAUCUGAUUUCGUGUGGUGAAUCGUGUGGUGAAACUCUUAAAUCUCAAAACGUUUUACGCACCAACGCUCCCCGAUAUUUACAUGCAGUUUCAAUUUAAUAUAUUUGAUUGGUUUCCUAUUGAGUGCUGAUAGUUGUACAUCCGAUCCAUCACUAUUAUAUUGUAGUUUCCUGAUUCAUUUCUUUGGCAGUGGGUAAAAUGGACCAGGACGCACGGCUCUAUGUUCUGUCUUAUAGUUCGGUGCGUAACGACGCUUAGCCUCUGUGAUCUGUGUCCUGAGCGAACAGUAAACGAACUGUGUCUGUCAUGGGCUUCUUCCUUUUCAGCAUAAUGCCCAGGGUCAUGCGAAACUGUCACCGCAGGCGAGUGGACGGCGGCCCUGCCCCAUAAUGAUAGUCAGCUGCCCACCAGCCCGGAUCACAGCAGCACCAGAGCCCUGGAACCCCCAUUAAGGGUCAGUCAGUUCAUGCGCCUUUUAAUGAAGACUCAAACCGAAUCAGUCUAUUCUACCUGGCCAUUAUUUUAGCCACUUGUGUUUUGGGUAAAAUCCGACCACACACACUGCUGACAAACAUACAGGUGACAUUUUAAUCUUGGUGAAAAUGUAUUUAUAAGUGACUAUGAUUUAUAUUACGUAUACUAAGGCACCGUCGGCUCAGAUAUUCCCCCACCCCUUUAUUUUACCACGACGUGAUACAUGCAGGCUCUCAGCAGUAGACACCCUGGGGUGCGCCUCCGCGUUUCCUCUCCCCAUGACUCCCUCCAAAGGUCUGAGUUGGGCGCUGAUAAAACCUGUACUACUGCUCCCGAUUGCCAAGGGCUCUUUUGGAGACACGAGCCGCAGCCUGACCCCAGCACCUCCAGGCGGUGCGAUGAACAAAGGUCUGCACUGAAAAGUCCCUUAGUUUCUGACUGACGGUCUGAUCUUGACUCCACGGCUGUUUCUUGGAAAAAAAGAAAGUAUGGCAAAGGUGCGACAGUGCGUCAUAAUAUUAAGACUUGAGAUGAGUGAAUGUGUAUUGAGGAGACGUGGCAAGAAGUCGCCCCCGCUGUGCAGUCUUGUUCUACAUGAAACCGCACGACGUGCUGACUGAAGCGCUGCAGGCGGAUAUUUUUUGCAGCGCAGUGAACAGAAAACAGUGACAGCAGGGACACCUGUCCGCGCAACACCUGGCAGACGAGACGGACUGUCUGCGCAUGCUCCAUCAGGUUGACCUCUCUUAUAAAGCACUUGGACUCGCACGUCCCCAGCAGUUACCGAUCCAAUCUUUGCAGGGUUUGGACAGCGAGCAGCAGCAGCGCCCACGGAGCUGGAGAACUGUCACUGAUCUGUCCGCUCUCACAUCCGAGAUGCCCCGCUCCUUCUUGGUGAAGAGUAAGAAAGCGCACACUUACCACCAGCCCCGGACUUCAGAGGAUGACUACAGCAGGCUGGACACUAUACUGGCGCAUAUGUGCUCAGAAGCAGAGAAGCUUCCAGAUGACACCGACAGCUACGGGCUCUCUCCGGACUCUCACCUGGCCGAUGCUGCCGAGUUCUCCCCGCAGUCUCCGCUGAGCUGCGCCGACAGCGUGUGCGGUCGCUCCCCGGACUACGACGACUUCUGGCGGCCUCCGUCUCCCUCUGCAUCACCGGCUGAUUCAGAGAAAUCUCUGUCUCCUCUGCUGAAUGAGACCCAGCCCUUCACUGUUCCCUUCCAGCCGUAUGCUUUGAGCGGCUACCCGGGGCCCAGGCUGAGGCCUCUGAUGCAGCAGGGCCUCCAUCCUAGCAUGGAGAGGGACAGGGGCCCAGCUGUGAUGGCCUUUUAUGGAGACAGGAGUUCCCACUCUGCACUGUUUGCAGACCGGCCUCUGGGAGAGGAGGCUUAUAGUGACUACAGGAGGCACAAUGCCGCUCUGCUGUUUCCUGAAGGAGGACUCCAUGGAAAAACACACAGUGUGAAGGCCCAUUCUGACCUGCUGUGCUCCAGCCUCAUCCUCAGCGGUGCUUACAAAUGUGUCAAGUGCAGUAAGGUGUUUUCUACUCCGCACGGUUUGGAAGUUCACGUCCGCAGAUCGCACAGUGGCACCAGGCCAUUUGCGUGCGAAAUCUGCGCCAAAACCUUCGGGCACGCAGUCAGUCUGGAGCAACACAAAGCCGUGCACUCUCAGGAAAGAAGUUUCGACUGCAAAAUAUGCGGUAAACGUUUUAAAAGGUCGUCCACCCUGUCGACGCAUCUGCUCAUCCACUCCGACACUCGGCCGUACCCGUGCCAGUACUGCGGGAAGAGGUUCCACCAGAAGUCCGACAUGAAGAAACACACGUUCAUCCACACAGGUGAGAAGCCACACAAAUGUCAGGUGUGUGGCAAAGCGUUCAGCCAAAGCUCCAACCUCAUCACACACAGCAGGAAACACACCGGAUACAAACCUUUCGGCUGCCACGUCUGCGGCAAAGGUUUCCAAAGAAAGGUGGAUCUGAGGAGACACAAAGAGACGCAGCAUGGACUGAAGUGAAGCCAAAUCUGUCGCCAAGCUCUUAUUAAAACGAGCCAGGAAAUCUGUGGAGACAACAGACAUUUUCUCCGAAUAAUUUAACGACAUUUGUUGGAUUGACAUUCAUUUCGAUCCACUUGUAGAUUUGUAAAAACCUAAUGUAAAGGUGCAUUGAAAAUAUUUAAUAUCAGCUAAGAACAGCUUUUUUAAAAACAAUUGUUUUAUUAAAGAAAACGGUGAAAUUUCACGGAUGAGACGCGAUUUUAGAGAGAGAACACUAAACACACCUUCGUUCUGCGAAGGCCCAGAAAACCAGAGAUAAGCUGUGAACUGUAAGGACGUCCGAUAGGAAGCAGCUUCAGGGUGAUUCAACCCAAAAUAUUUGUCAUCACACUCCAACAACCGGACUGACAAUUAAUCCACCAAGAACAGAUGGAAAUCUGCGCUUCUCCAAAGAGCAGGGCCGUUUUGUUUUGAGCUGGGAGGAAUGCUGGCAAAACACCUCCUGGACUGUGUGAUUUUAAAAACAGGAGCCUUACUCGCCAAGCUGUUAUCCUUAAGGCUUUCCAUUUUGCACAUUUUAAUGUCAGAAUACAACAUAAUUAUUUUUGAUGGUGUGACUUUUUGCUUGUUCUAUUAUAAUAACAAAUGGAAUAAAAUCUUUUC